AUGAACGGUUACUCGUCUGGUGGUUAUUCAACUGCUGCUCACAAUUCAAGACCAACUACCCAACAAAACCAGCAGCAUAGACUACCAUCACAGCAGUCGCUAUUCAAGUUUCCUCAGGAUUUGCUGGAAAAGAAGGUCGAAGCCGCAAACAACCACAUCCAAAAAACAAAGCAAGAACAUCCUGACCUGUUUGAACAAGAAAUAUGGCGCAGAGCCGCAUUGCGAAGAACGGGAAUGGGUGAAACACGGGAAGGUUGUCUCACUAGUCUAGCACAUCCACAACCUGGCCCAUUCGAUUAUGAUAUCAAGUUGCCCAGUGCAGGUCCAAAGUUCUCGAUAUUGGCUAGGCACAAGGAUGUCAUUAAAGGGGUCACACCUGCUCCGACCGCCUAUGAAGUGCUGGCUUCAGUGGCAGCUACUUCACCGCAUGCUCCUGCAAUUAGUAUAGCUGGCAAGCUGGAUCUGCUUCCACUGCUUGUACAUGCAGAGGGGCCAUCACCAGGGGAGCAUCAGAAUGGAGAGAGUACGAUAGGACAGGAUAAGCCAAAGUUUACUAUUGCCGGUAGACAUGAUCUGAAUGUCGACACAAGCCCAGGCCCAAAAUACUUUGUCGAUAUCAAAAGCUCAGCCCCCGUAUUCUCAUUUCGAGUCAAACCAGAACCCAAAGUUGAACUACUACCAGGCCCCACAGACUACAACAUCCAAAUCAAAUCACCCGUACACGCGCCAGCAUUCAACAGCAGACCAAAAACCAGCUUGACGGAAAACUUGACUGAGGGGCCCGGCGUAUUAUACUAUCCAAGAUUAGAAUGGGCGCAUGGCAAUGGCGUCACACUGAAAGGAUAUCAUCGAGAAUUCAAACCACUACAAACGCCAAGUCCCGCUCAAUACAAGGCAAACAGCUCCCUCAAAGGUCCGGAAUUCACUAUGACUGCACGUCAAUUCCAGCCCGAUUCCAAAGACGUGGUACCAGCAUCAACCGAAUACUCUCCACAAUACGAUGCCAGUGUACCUGCACCACGCGCAGUGACAUUAAAAGGUCGCCAGUCAGUCGCAUUUGCAGUUUCAAGAGAGAUUACACCGUCUCCUGCAGAAUAUUUGCCACGUAACCGUCAAAUCUGCUGGAAUGAUAAGCCUAAAGCUACUAUUAAGGGCCGUCAUGAAACACGUAUCGAUGACACUCCUGCACCAAAUGCAUAUUCACCCUAUUCGCCAGUGGUGCGACCAAUGACUCAAGCAACUCCUCAAAAGGCACCAUUCAAGAAAUUAUCUCAACAAUUGCAACAACAGCCAGCUAUGGAAACAAUCGAUACAAUCGACGAAGAAGACAGCCAACAACAACAACACCAACAGCACGAAAAUGUCGAAGAAUCGCAUGAAGAAGAAUCCGAAAAGAAACGUGCCAAACGAUCACCACAAACCCACCGCAACAUUGCUGAAGACUGCCGACCAGUCACAGCACCCACUCCACAAAUCCGUCACCCACAACGAGGAUACACGUUUGGUGUACGUCCAAACCCAAUGUCUGAACUCAAAUGCGAUGAUACACCGGGUCCCAACGCAUAUAUGCCACCAAGCGAAUGGAGACGUAAAGCUGCGAGUAUUAAAGGACGAGCUACGCCUUAUAUGACGACGUUCACGACCAAUCGGUUUGAUACGUUACGUGUCUGA